AUGAGAUUGAUCUCCUGCACUUUAAUCUUUUCCUGACCUCUUGGCAGACAAGAUGAGCACCCUUCCCCUCUCACGCUCAGAAGUGUUUGGGCAACUGAGGAAAGAGCUACACGACGAUGUGGAGUUUCACCAGUCCGAUGUGCAUAUCUUCAUCAUCAUGGGUGCUUCGGGAGAUCUGGCCAAAAAGAAAAUCUACCCAACUUUGUGGUGGUUGUUCAGAGACGGUCUUCUCCCCGAACAGACAUAUUUUGUGGGCUUUGCUCGUUCCGAUCUGACCGUGGAUGCCAUACGUGCGGCCUGCAUGCCCUACAUGAAGGCGGUCGACUCUGAGGCAGAGCGCCUGGCUGCGUUCUUCAGUCGAAACUCUUACAUCAGCGGGAAGUACGUGGAUGAAUCGUCUUUUGCUAACUUGAACACUCACCUCCUGUCCCUGCCCGGAGGAGCCGAGGCCAACCGGCUCUUCUACCUGGCCCUGCCGCCCAGCGUCUACCACGAUGUCACCAAGAACAUCAAACAUCAAUGCAUGAGCACCAAAGGCUGGAACAGGAUCAUCGUGGAGAAGCCGUUUGGCCAUGACUUGCAGAGCUCAGAGGAGUUAUCCAGUCAUCUCUUUUCUCUCUUCACUGAGGAACAGAUUUACCGGAUAGACCAUUACCUAGGCAAAGAGAUGGUCCAGAACCUCAUGGUCCUCAGGUUUGGAAACCGGAUAUUUGGCCCCAUAUGGAACCGGGACAGUGUGGCAUGUGUGGUUCUGACCUUCAAAGAGCCGUUUGGUACCCAGGGCCGGGGAGGAUAUUUCGACGAUUUUGGUAUCAUUCGCGAUGUGAUGCAGAACCACCUGCUGCAGAUGCUCUCUCUGGUUGCCAUGGAGAAGCCCGCAUCCACCAGCUCUGAUGAUGUUAGGGACGAGAAGGUGAAGGUGUUGAAGUGCAUUGAAGCAGUCUCUCUGUCAGACGUGGUCUUGGGUCAGUACGUGGGAGAUCCAGAUGGAGAAGGAGAGGCUAAACUGGGUUAUCUAGAUGACACAACUGUCCCUAAAGGCUCCACUCAAGCUACAUUUGCCACUGCAGUGCUUUAUGUAAAGAAUGAACGCUGGGAUGGGGUUCCCUUCAUCCUCAGGUGUGGAAAGGCUCUGAAUGAGAGGAAGGCCGAGGUGAGGCUGCAGUUCACCGACGUUCCUGGAGACAUCUUUGAGACUCAGUGCAGGCGGAACGAGUUGGUGGUCCGUGUGCAGCCCAACGAGGCCAUCUACGCCAAGAUGAUGAGCAAGAAACCUGGAGUCUACUUCAGUCCGGAGGAGACGGAGCUGGACCUGACCUACCACAGCAGAUACAGGGAUGUUAAGCUGCCUGAUGCUUAUGAGCGUCUGAUUUUGGAUGUCUUUUGUGGCAGUCAGAUGCAUUUUGUACGCAGUGACGAGUUGAGGGAAGCCUGGAGAAUCUUCACUCCUCUUCUUCAUCAGAUCGAGACAGAGAAGACGCCACCCAUCAAAUACAAAUACGGGAGCCGUGGUCCUGCAGAGGCUGACGAUCUGGUGCAGAAGGUGGGCUUUCGCUAUGAGGGUACAUACAGAUGGGUGAACCCACACAAACUGUGAAAGAAGAGGACGACAGAGAUGAGUGGAGCUAAAGCCUGUUUAAAAACAUCAGCCCAAGAUGAGUGCCUGAAAUAAAAGGCACUUAAAAAAAAGUAUUUGAAGAUGCACUCUAAGCACUCAUUUCAAGAAGGACCAACAAGAUUACAAACACAAUUUUCUUUGGAUGUUAUGAAGUAUAACCUGCUCAUUAUGAUAUACAAUGCUUUAUAUGACGUUCCUUAUAUUAUUUCUUUCUAUAUUUCAGUGGACUUAACAUUUUGUUAUGCAGUUAAUCAGCAUUCUGAUAUUCAUGCCGAUUCCAUACCGUCUGUGUUCAGAUGCUUUUAUUCCUUAAGAAAGAAAAAGCUUAUGUUAUGCAUUCCUCUUUUCACAAGCAAGUCUUACCAUUAAAUGCUGCUCACAUUUUUUUAAAGUGUUCAUAGGCAGAGGCAUGGUGUAAAAGUACAAUCUACUCCUGCACUGAUAGUUGUCUUCAUGCAUUUUGUCGUGACUUUGGUUGCAAUCUUAUAUUUAAAUGGUAUAAUUGGACCACACAAAAGAAAAGUUGCAGAAACGUACAGGGAUUAGGAAUGUAUGGGUAAUGUUGUCUUUGUUACUACAUGAAUGUAUAUGACAUUUCACCAUGUCUUAAGGCUCCCACUGAUUGGCUAAAAGAGCCAUGAUUAUGUUUAGUCUUAUUAAAGCAAAUGUAUUGGUAAAAUGGUAUUACAUGCCACAUCCCUCUGUUAAUACUUUAAUAGAUGAGCUUUGAUGUUCAUUGUUACAUCGCUCUAAAGUCGCAUGGGCAUGGUCUCUUUCUGCUCGUUAUCAUUUUUGGUUUCUGCACUAGUUAGACAUUGAACCAGUGUCAAAAAACAACUUUGUUAGCCUGCAUAAUGUAUUGAGGGUACGUUUUUGACAGCACUGAAUUUCAACAUCAUGUUAGUGUGGCUAAAACAACUUUAGAAAACUCUUUGUUUGGUGAUGCUUGAACAUCUGUGAGCUAUUUAACUUUUCUGUAAAAGUUCUGCCAUAUGUUUUCUAUUUUAUUAUAAUAGACAGCUACUUUUACAAUAAAGCAUAGCUAAGAUGCCU